AUGGCGGCGCAUGUCAAAGUCGUGGCGCGCUUUCGCCCGGUGGACACCGAGGAUAGUCUGGCCGUAUUGGUAGAGGAUGCACAGACAGUGCGCAUGAUGCGCGGGGCGGCAGAUCUCAACGCUGCGUUCACCUUUGACCGCGUUUUUCCCAUGCAUGCUCACCAGCGCGAUGUAUUUGAGUACGGUAUCAUGGAUACCGUCUCGGACGUGCUGCGCGGAUACAAUGGCACGAUAUUUGCGUACGGGCAAACAGGAAGCGGGAAGACACACACGAUGAUGGGUCCUGAUAUCGAUCAUGAGGAGCUGCGCGGUAUUAUCCCGCGCAUCACGGAGCAAAUCUUCAGCAAUAUCCUCGCGAGUCCCCCGGCGCUGGAAUACACGGUCAAGGUGUCGUACAUGGAGAUCUACAUGGAACGUAUUCGCGACUUGCUUGUGCCGCAACACGACAACCUGUCCAUUCAGCAGGAUACUAGCAAAGGCGUCCACGUAAAGGGCCUCUCGGAGUACUAUGUAAGCAGUGCAGCCGAGGUAUUUGAGCUCUUGCGGCAAGGCAGUACGACACGCGCUGUAUCAGCUACGCGGAUGAACACUGAAUCUUCACGCUCGCACAGCAUUGUCCUCUUCACCAUCAAGCAGCGCAAUAUCGAGACGGGCUCGACCAAGACGGGCAAUCUCUAUUUGGUCGAUCUCGCCGGCUCCGAAAAAGUAGGCAAGUCGGGCGCAAGUGGCCAGACGCUGGAGGAGGCCAAAAAAAUUAAUAAGAGCCUCAGUACAUUGGGCAUGGUCAUUAAUGCGCUCACCGAUGGCAGGUCGUCACACGUCCCUUACCGCGACUCGAAACUCACGCGCAUUCUACAGGAAUCGCUCGGCGGAAAUUCGCGCACGACCUUACUUGUAAAUUGCUCGCCGACUGCGUACAAUGCCGAAGAAACGCUUUCCACCCUGCGCUUUGGCGUGCGCGCCAAGCGCAUCCAGAACAAUGCGCACGUAAAUGCAGAGCUAUCACCGAUGGAGCUGCGUGUGAUGCUGCAGAAAGCGAAUCAGCAAAGUGCACACUACCGCAAGCAAAUCGACACGCUGGAGCGAGAACUUGUCCAAUGGCGCGCUGGAGAGUCUGUGCCACAGUCUGCAUGGGCAUCGACCAGCGUGCAUGCAUCGCCAGUGCGAUCGCCGACACGGAGUACCGUGUCGUUGGCCGAGACCGACGAGCUGCACGAACAGCUCGCGGAAAAAGAAGGCAUUGAACAGGCGCUGCGCAAAGAGCUCGGCACUGCCCGCACACAGACAAGCGAGGCCAACGAGCGGAUAUUUACGCUCGAGACAGAGAUCCAAGCGCUGCAGCUGCACUCCGAUGCGCUUGCUUUUGCGCGUGACGAGGCAGUUGCACAAAUCGAAAUAGUGCGUGAAAUGCCACCACCUGCUGCGCCGCCAAUCGAGCGCGAAAAAGGGCGCGACGAGCGGCUUGAAGACAUGUUUGCGAGCCUACAGCUAGAGCACCGCCCCGGCGUCGACACAAUCUUGGCGCUUGUCGACCGUCUGUCUUUGCCUGGUGGACAGCUUUCGCCAGAAGAAGUGCGCAUGCUGCGCGAUACGAUUAUCCAGGAGCAGGUCAUGCUUUCUGAACAGAUCCACACUGUGCGCAUUCAUGCCCAGGAACUCUCCGUAUUGCGGCUGCAGAAACAUGCCUUGUCGGAACGUAUCGGCGCGCUUCAGCAGCGCUACGAUCUCAUUACAGAUCACAUCGGCGCGCUGGAGCAUGGAUUCCGCCUAGGCGAUGAAACCGGCGGGCAGCUUGCGUCUUUGCGCCGCAUGCUGGAAGAGCAGACGACUGCCUCGCAGCUGAAUACGAGCAAUGAAGUGCUUCACCUUGAAGGCCUGCUUACGACGCGUGCAGAAGAGACUGUGGAUCUGGCGCGCUCGCUCGACGAUCUACGCGCCUCGCACGACGAGCAGAAACAGGCAUUACAUCACUUGCGCUUGGCGGUCACCGCCGACGGGACAGAGGCAGGGCCCGAAGCGAUGCAGCGCUUAGUGGACGCGUCGGAGCUGAUGGAAAAGUCGCGCGAGCUGGUCACGGUCCGCUUGCGCGAGUACGAAAGGCUGAAGCAGCAGCUGAUGCAAGGGCUUCGCGAGCGCAGCGAGAAGAUUGUCGAGAUGGAAAUGGCAAUGGAGGAGAUGCAGGACCAGUACAAGAUGCUCCUCGAGACGCUGAAUUUGCGGGUACAGCAGCGCAAGAUGGGCAUUUUGGAGCGGCACCUUGAGCAGCUCGCGAGUGUGCAGCGGCGUCUUGUCGAGCAGAACAGUGCACUGAAGCAGGACAUGGCGACCGCAGACAAACGCGUCGCCGCGCGAAACGAGCGGAUUCAGGCGCUCGAAGAGGAUUUGUAUGCGACACGGCAGCGCCUCAAAGUGCGCGAAGAACGCGCAAUGCAAGACACGGAGAAUUUUUCGUUUGGAAGAAUCGCCAAGCCCAUGCGUGGUGCAGGCGCGGUAGAUGCGUCGGAGCUGAAACCUAAAGGGGGCUGGUUUUUCUCGGCCAAGUAG